UUGUGUUACUAGGCCCAGGAUUGUUAUUGUUAUGUAAAGCAUCACCCAUUUUUGUUUUUGUUUUGUUUUAAAUAUUUAUAAAAAAAGUUUAUUUUAUUUUUUUCUUAUUCGUUACAAAAAUUUAAAAUAUAAUUAUCCCCUUCUGAUUUAAGUUUGACUAGCUUGUAGCCCCCCGUCGCCAUGUGCUCCACAGCUUGCGAUGACAGAGUACUAAAGCGUUCUGGUAAGAACACCACAAAAUCUUCAAGUGUGAGCAUAAUUUUAGCGCCGAAGCGUGUCUGCUUCACUUCAGCGUUCUUUAUCACAAUCGGUGUGUCAAACGGGAGAGCCUUAACACUCUUUAUUGGGGGCAGAGAGACGGCCCCAAGCUCGUUAAACUGUUCUCCAAAGUCAGACAUAUUGCUGCUGCUGCUACUGCUGCUGCUGCUGCUUAUAAUGCUGAUGAUGAAGGACUCUUCAAAUAGUUGCAUUCACAUGGGCCAAAUGACACGGAAGAUUGGAGUAAAAGGACCAAAAAUCCGAGCACGUAAAAUUGGCGCGAAAAACUUUACAGCUUUGUAA